AAGUGCCUGGUAGCAGCAAUCGCUUUAUUCCUGAGCGCCGCGGCGUUCAGCACAACAGCAGCGGGAGGAGACAGGCCUGUGGUGAUUUUUUCCACGUCGAUGGGCGAUAUCACGAUCGAACUCAUGUCCGAGGAAGCCCCGAUCUCGGCGAAGAACUUUCUCGACUACGUCGAUGCCGGAUUCUUUGACGACACCAUCUUUCAUCGGGUCAUUCCCGGUUUCAUGAUUCAGGGCGGCGGCUUUACCGAAGACAUGAACCAGAAGCCGACCCAGGCGCCCAUCAAGAACGAGGCCGACAACGGCGUCAAGAACACCCGGGGCACGCUGUCCAUGGCGCGCACGUCGGACAUCAACAGCGCCACCACCCAGUUCUUCAUCAACCUCAAGGACAACGAGUUCCUCGACCACGGCACCCGGGACUUCGGCUACGCCGUGUUCGCCCGGGUGGUGGAGGGCAUGGACGUGGUGGACAAGAUCGCCGGCGUGCAAACCGGCAACCGCGGAUCCCACAGCGACGUCCCGAAGGAGGCCGUCGUCACCACCACCGCCCGUCGCAAGCAGCCGGCGCAAUAG